AUGGGGGAUGUCACAGGACAUCAGGGGACACUGGGGGACCCUGAGGGACGUUGGGGACACCAGGGGACGUCAGGGGACACUGGGGGACACUGGGGGACACUGGGGACACCGGGGGACCCCGAGGGACGUUGGGGGACACCAGGGGACCCUGGGGACACCAGGGGACGUCAGGGGACACUGGGGGACACUGGACACCAGGGAACACCGGGGGACACUGGGGACACCGGG